AUGAACGAGUCUGUUGAAAGCGUGGGCUCUCCGCGCAGUGGUCUCGCCUGCCAGAAUUGCAGACAAAGGAAGAGGAAGUGUGAUCGCCAAGUCCCUCGUUGCGGUAUGUGCAUGAGGCGAGGUCUGGAAUGUGUCAUGCAAGUCGUCAAGAGUACGGAGGGACAAGAAGGAGCCGUUCAAAGUCUUGAAAAGGAAAUAUCAAACCUUGAAACUCAGCUAUCACGGCUACAGACUACUGCGGCGGAGCUCCAUCCAACCUCCGCCGUCUUCCAACAGCAGAUUGAUCCAACUCCCGCGCACUUUGAAGCCUCCAUCCCAUCAAUAACUUCCAGGGAGCAAUCUAUGGAUACUGUUGAUUUGGAUGUUCUCAGGGAAGUUGAGACUGUAUCACUUUAUCGCGGCGAACUCUAUAGCCUGCAAAAGAUGACUCAAAGAGCACUUCGACUGGCAAACUGCGAUCCUCGUGGUAUACUAGAUCUCUCUCCAAAGAAGAGCCUAUUAGCAUCAUAUGGCAGCUCUGUUUACUCAAGAUCAAAUGCAUUGAGCGAGUACUUGGACAAUAAUGUUGCAGUCUCCUACGCCAACAAAUACUUCUCUUACAUCCACCCGACAUUCCCUAUUGUCUCUGAAGAUAUAGUUCGGAGCACACUAAACAAAGUCGCAGUAGGCAGCCAAACUGAUCUUGGGGACCGCGUUAUAUACUAUCUUAUCCUUUCAAUUGGGGCCAUUCUUCCAAUAAACUCAUCAGCCGCCUUUGAUACCCUCAAUUCGACCGACUAUUUCAUACACGCAAUGGAAAUCCAAUACUCUUAUGACGAAUCGGCUACCACGGCGCAGAUUCUCCUCCUUCUUACUAUUUGUUCACUCUUCGAUCCCAGUACAGGCAGCUCGUGGCACCUAAUGGACCUUGCCAUGCAAGCUUGCAUUGUUAUGGGAUAUCACCAGCUCCAACCCGAAUUGAGAGUAACAGCAGAGGCCGAUGGAGACGGUAUAAAGCUAUUCCAGGCGGCUUACGUACUUGACUUUUGCACUAGCUCGGCGUUGGGAUUGCCAAUGUGCAUUCAAAAUCGCGACAUCUCCUCCGGCUGGGAGGCAUACAUAGUCAAACCUCCAGAUAUCUGUACUCCCGACUCCGGGGAGAAAGGGUUAUCCCUUGUGGAGAUGUUUAGCUGGGCAUAUGAGCUUUGCAACAACCCCCAAAACGAUGCUGCUGGCUACCUAUCGUACUACAAUGAAUACAUACAUCGCAGGAGAUUGAACCGCAAAGGAGAGAUAUCUUAUCUACCAAGGGUGCUUGGACUCCAGCUUGCAACUCAGAGUCUAAGGAAGUCGACUGGAACCGGCUCUGCAUUUGAAGCCAUGAGCAAAGUGGUGCAAGACCACUUGACAGUUCUUCAGAACUCAGUCACCAUAUGGUUCGCUCUGCCGUGGAUCACAGGAUACAGCAUAUUCCAGCUUGGCCUGCUACAAAUUUUGCUUUGCGAUGGGUUACCUGAAAAACAGAGAAUAAGCCAAAUUUCUCAGACUCUGUCCUUGGUUGAAAUGAUUUUGUCCGUUAUCAGCACUAAAUUUCCAGGCUUAUACCCUCACUGCGCGCUUGUAGAUAAGGUACUCACGCAGAUGACAUCUUCCGAUGUCGACUACCGACACAAUAUCGACUUUCUUGACGGAAGUGAUUUAUACGAAUUCUGUAGGAAUGCUCUGAGUCGGAUAAACCGAAUGACCAACCACCUCCUUAUCGGUUAG